ACUUCAAUUGUUGUCUUUGUUUCGUACUGUCUAUUAUUUUGGAAACACGAGUGUCAAUAAAAUUUGCAAAAUUUUAUGGGAUAAACAAGUGCUGUAAUAAAUUAAAUAAGAACAGAAAUACGGAAGGAAGGUAGUUAAGCAUUAUGUUGAUGCGUUAUAUUCAGGCUUUGCUGCUUUUUAUAGCCAUGGUGUCAACAUAUUUUAGUCGUGUCAAUAUUGGAGUGGCCGUGGUAGCCAUGACUAAUGCCAAUACCACAAAUCCAAAUUUUCCGGAAUUCAAAUGGAAUGAAAGAGAAAUAUCCUACAUCCUCUCCAGUUUCUAUUGGGGUUUCUUUGUGACACAACUGCCGGGUGGAGUUUUGUGCAGGCGUUUUGGAGCCAAACUUGUUAUGGGUCUGGCAAUAUUCUUCUCCGGUUUGCUGAGCGUUAUUACACCUUGGUGCCUUAACUGGGGAGGAUGGCAGUCGUUGUGUGUUAUACGAGUUCUGUUGGGAUUGGCACAGGGUAUGGUUAUGCCCUGCAUUUUCGAUCAUCUGGCAAAAUGGUCACCUUUAGAAGAACGCAACCGUUUGGGUGGUUUCAGCCAAAGCGGUUAUGAUUGCGGCAUGGUAUUGGCCAUGGGUCUGAGCGGUGUUAUUGCCGAAAGCUGUAUUGGAUGGCCGGGAAUUUCAUACAUCUCUGCUGGAUUAUGUUUCGUUUGGUUCCUGCUGUGGCAGGUGCUGGGUGCCAAUAAUCCGAAUGACUCCAGCCUUAUAUCGGAAAGUGAAAAAUUCUAUAUAACCUCAUCGAAUGCCCAUGAGGAUACGUUCAAUGAGGGUACAAUAAGUGUGCCAUGGAAGGCAAUAUUUACCUCGGUGCCAUUUAUGGCCCUGCUGAUAACCCGCUCAGCGGAAAUGUGGGGUCUGACCACUUUAGAAUCUCAAAUUCCAUCCUAUUUUCAUGGAGUGCUCAAUUUAGAAAUCAAAACUAAUGCUUUCUUCUCAGCUCUGCCCUUCAUGGCCAGCUGGUUAAUGUCCUAUGUGUUUAUGUUCAUGGCUGAUGUUCUGCAGGAACGGAAAAUUGUAUCGCUGACAGUGUCGCGUAAAAUAUUCAAUAGCGUUGCAUUUUGGAUACCCGCCCUAGGUCUUAUUGCCAUUGGAUUUCUGGAUGAAGAUAAUCAGAAUAUGGCUCUGUUUUUGAUAACGCUCAGCAAUGCAAUAAAUAGCGGCGAAACAAUUGGAAGUUCACUGAAUGUCAUUGAUUUGUCACCAACCCAUGCAGGAUUGUUGUAUUCCAUCAUCAAUACUGUGGCCAGUGUAGUGGCCUUGUUGUCCCCGCUUGCGGUGGGCUUUAUUGUGACGGAUGUGCACAAUCGAUACCAAUGGCAAGUUGUGUUCGUCAUUGCUGCCGGCAUCUUCAUUGUGGGCAAUUUGUUGUACAUCAUUUUUGGUACAGCUGAAACGCAGUCAUGGAAUUCUGACGACUAUCUGCCGUCCGAUGAUACCGACAACGAAUGGCAUAGCUAUAAGAGUAAUUUUAGCGAUUUGGAAACAAUGCCCAGUCAUCAGCCACAAGUUGAUUAUCAAAAUAAUAAAAUAUAAUUUAUGUUUAAGUCGAUGUGGAAUAUUGGAAAAAUAUUAUUAGCUGUAUAUAAAUAUAAAAAUUGGUAAAACAAAACUACAAAAUUGUAUAUAGAUUUAAAUGUGAUGUAUAUUGUUUAAAUAUUUGUUAUGAAAAUGUUGUUGUAAAUAUAAGGAUAUAAAACGUGUAACUUUUAAAAUAUCAUAGGAAAA